AACAAACUCGCUGAAAAACAAAGACGAACGUGAUGCAAAACCUUACGAAGGUGUUGGAGGAAUCAAAAACGUAGCUGGAUUUUAAUCGAUCUUCUAGGUUUCUUCUGGAAAGAUAUGAAGAGCUUGUAGAAAGUGUGAGGGUGUGGCCUUCAACUUGUGCAAAACUCACUCACAAAGUAAGAAGAGGAAACGCUGGCACGCGACCCACCCCAGCGCUGGCACUCAGAUAUAUUUCAUAUCUUUGGAUAUGAAGCUUCCGUUCCGUCAAGUAGUGAUGCACAAUGUAGUUGAUGAGUGAAUGUCAGCGCAUGAGAGAUUCCUGCAGCGGCGCGAGGUGAGGAACAGGAUUAAACUCGUAUAAAGGCAUCGGAUAUUCUACAGCAGCCGUCAUGUGAGGUUUAACAACAGCGAUUCACACAAACACUCAUUCAAUCAUCUCACAAACACACACACACAAGGCCUGGAUGUUAGAGAGCAGGUGAAGGGAAAGCAAGAUGAGGAGAGGCCGGAGAAAAGGAGGCAGUCGGGACAAAGUGUUCGGAUGCGACCUGCUGGAGCACCUCAACGCCACCUCACAGGAGAUUCCUCAAGUGUUACGCAGCUGUAGUGAGUUCAUCGAGAAACAUGGGAUCGUUGACGGGAUCUACAGACUGUCUGGAGUGUCGUCCAACACACAGAAACUACGGAGUGAGUUCGACACCGAAGGAACUCCAGACCUGUAUAAGGAUGUGUAUCUGCAGGACAUUCAUUGCGUCAGCUCGCUGUGUAAGGCGUAUUUCAGAGAGCUGCCAAACCCUCUGCUCACAUACGAGCUGUACGACCGCUUCGCUGACGCAGUGGCGGUUCAGCUGGAGGACGAACGGCUAGUGAAGAUUAAAGAGGUCCUGAAGGAUUUACCAACUCCUCACCACAGGACUCUGGAGUUUUUAAUGCGUCAUCUGGUCAAGAUGUCCACAUUCGCCUCUCAGACCAACAUGCACGCCAGAAACCUGGCCAUCGUCUGGGCUCCGAACCUCCUCAGAUCGAAGGACAUCGAGUCGACCGGUUUUAACGGCACCGCAGCGUUCAUGGAGGUUCGUGUUCAGUCCAUCGUGGUGGAGUUCGUUCUCACUCACGUGCCCGAGCUUUUCCCUGGACCUGGUUUGACUGUGGAGCGCCGGAAGUCCCUUCCAUCUCCCCAAAUACUAUCCAGUCCGGAAGACCCUUUCUUCAAGUCUUUACCGUUACACUGUCCAGGAAACCUCAGUCCAGGAGACGGACCUGUGCAAAUGCGUUCUUACCACGCUAUUAUUGACGGCACUGAUAAGAGGAAGGGCUCCCUCAAAGGAAGGAAGUGGAGAUCCAUCUUUAAUUUGGGCGGGAGACUCCAAGAUCCGCGCAAGAAGAACAAAUACUGUCCUAAAGAUAAAGAAAAGACGGCUUUGAGGCCGGCGAAGAGCAUGGACUCCCUAGCCUCAGGUCCUUAUGCAGUAGACGAUACCAAACAUCCGGCAGCUCUUAUUCCUCCCCUGGUUCUGUCCACGGCGUCGGGCAGCUCAGAGGGUGUGGCUUCUGUCGGCGGGGGCGUGUCUAGUGGAUAUGCGGUGACGUACAGGCGAACGGGCGGAGCUCAGGUCAGCAUGGUGAGCGGAGGGACUCCGGGCACCUAUAGCCGUCUGGAGUCUGGGGGCGGAGCCAGCGGAGCUGAGGGGGCGUUGCAGGGCGUGACCAGAUCACCCGGAUUGACCAGCAAAGCAGAGCGGCGUGCCGGGAUACACAUAUCGGGACCGUUUUCUGUGACCGUCCCGCUUCAUAUAACGUCUGGACUGGCUCUGGGUGUCCUGCACGGUGGCUGGAACGAGAAGGAACAACCCCUGCAAGGAGACGAAGCUGAAGAUGAGGACAUUAAGAGCACAGGAACAGAGACAGAGUCCACAGAUGGGAAUCCACAGAGCAAAAGUGAUGAUGUUCAAGAGAGGGAAAGAGAAAGCAAGAGCAAUGUGGAAAGUCAGGUGGAUUGUGGCGAGGAUAUAGCAGAGAUUACAAGAAAGGAGAACGACGUGCCAGAAAAAGGAGACACACCGAGUGGGAAAGAAGAAGCAGAGAAAGAAAAUCUGAGCCAGAAACAAGAGCCUACGAAGGAAAAUGUAGAAAAUAAACAACCACAAAACAAAGAGGAAACCACAGAAGAGGAUUACAUGGAUAUGAGAGGUAACCACCAUCAGGAACUUGCCAGUCCGCACUACUACGAGGACAUGGAGUUUCCGGAUCUGCCCAUGGAUUUCCAGGAAGCUUUCGGGUUUCUGGACUCAAUUGACAGCUGUGCGGCACAUCAGGUUGAGUUCUCAGUCGAGGCGCCUUGUGAAAAUGAAUAUGAGGAAGAGGAGGAUGAGAACAAGGAUAAUCAUGCCAUUUCCUGCUCGUCGCAAAACUGCACUAAUGACUGUCAAACACCUGCAGCCAAUAGCAGCAGCCCGUCGUUCACACACAGGCCUCUUCCUGGAAAAUCACACAGCCUGCCAUAUAAGUCCCGCAACUUCCUGCCGGCACCAUCAUAUUCCUCAGAUGAUGAGUACAGUCCUAAUGAUGAUGAUGAAGAUGAAGAUGAUGAUAUUGAGUCUGAUAAAAGUUCUGAAUAUGAGGACAUGUUUUGUAAAAGUCUCCCAGCCCAUCGGGACUUUCAGGGUCUCUCCUGGUUGAUUCCACAAACCACCGCUGACUCGUCUACUAGCAAUGAUGUAGAUCUUCACACUAGUAACCAAUCAACCACACUUCCUCCAGAGAACAAUACAGACGUGCAGUCCAUCGACCAGUCAGAAGACACGAUUCCUGCAGCUUCUGCAUUGACACACAGUAGCGAAGCUAAAUCACCGCUUAGUGAAGAACAUCUCAAUUCAGAUGUGUUAAAGAUUGAAGUGCAUUUGGAUGAAAAGAAGAACGACGAUUCAAAAGAUGUGGAGAAUGAUAAACACACACUGGUAGGUGAAGAUAAUUCAGACAGUGAACCCAGCGAACAAGACACUUAUUUUGGACCGGACUCAAUUCCUCCUUCACCAGAACCUGAACAAAUUGAGAUUGAGACCGACAGCACCAACGUUCCUGAGAACAUCCCAGCACCGUCUCCAACUGAGGAUGCUCAGCAGGUGCUGGAUGCUGACGGUUACCAUGGUAACAGCGAGGUAACAAUUACCAAUGAGCUCACGGAUGCAGCUCCUCAAGAUCAACCGCCGGAGGAACAAACGCAGAUUAUAAAUGAAACAAAAAUGGAAGAAAGUCAAACGGAGGAGGAUGAGAAGAGAGAGGAAACGAAAGUUAUAGUAGAGCUGGAACAAUCCCAGGAAAAUGAAGAAGAGAGGGAGAACAACACCAAAACCAAUACAGAUGAAGGAAAGUGUGAAGAUGUUGAGGAAGAUGCAAAAGCUCAUGAUGAGAACGAAGAACAUGAACAAGUAAACAUGACUGAAACAAAAGAACAUUUAGAGGAAGAUAGUGAGGAAAAUGCAAAAGAUGGAUCUAAAGAAGUAGAACAAGACAAAAAUAAAACUGAAAGACAAGAUGAUUUAGAGGAAGAUGGUUUAGAUUGUGGGGAAAAUGCAAAUGAUGGAUCUGAAGAAGGAGAACAAGACAAAAACGAAGCUGAAAUACAAGAUUUCAAGGAAAAUAAUGGUGAUUGUGAGGAAAAUGCAAACGAUAGAUCUGAAGAAGAAGCAGAAAUACAAGAUUUAGAGGAAAACGGUGGAGAAGGAGAUGAAAAACAUGCAAAAGAAGAAGAACAAGAAGCUGCAAGACAAGAAGACUUAAAGGAAAAUAAUGAAGAAUCUGAGAAUGUAGAAGGAGAACAAGACAAAAAUGAAGCUGAAAGACGGGAAGAUGUAGAGGAAAGCAGUGAAGGAACCUCUGAGGAGGAUGUGAAUGUAAAAACAGAAAGUUCUGCUGAGGAAAGUUCUGUUUCUCCUGAAGGUGGAGAUGAUGUGGAAAAGUCCACCUUGGUGCACCAACCAGACGAGAUUCAACAAGAGCACACUGAAAGCAAAGAUUUGAAAGAGAAGGCGUCUGUCAACCCAGACAAGAUCUCAGCCAAGCCUCCCAAACGUUCUCCACGCAAACCUGCGAAUCCAAUGAAAGCAGUUCCUGCCGUUCCUCCCAAACCUCAAAACUCCAAACUCACUGCGUUCACGCUCAGAAAACAGCUUCAGCACAAACAACACGAUGAUAAAGAAGCACAGGCCGAAGAACAUGGAGACGAGGAUGAAAACGCAGAGAACUGUAAAACACAGCUGAGCCCAGCUGAUGCGGACGAGACGAGGCUGGACGCCGAGGAUCCCAGAGAGAGACUGGGGACUUGGGAAGGCGGGAUGGAACGGAGGAGAGAGGACAGAGAGGCGAAGAGGAACAGCGGCAUCAGCAUGUGUUUCGAUGAAGCCGUCGCUCGAGCCACAGAGAAGAGGAGCCGAGAGAGAGGAAGCACAGAGAGACUGUCAGGAACGCAGUGGGACAGAGAGCCCCGGAAAGAUGGGAAAACUGACUAACGUGGACUAAUAACUAAGGAGGGGAACAACUGUGUAAAAUAUUAUGUGCAAAGGAAGGUUUUCACAUUUUCAAUCAGUAUACUCAUUUUCAUAUAAUAAAACAUGUAUAUGGGGUUAAAAGGUUUGUAUAGCUGAGAAAUGCAUCUGUUAAGUCCUCUUCCAGAACAACAAUUUACAAAUAAUUUACUCACCCCUUUGUCAACCAAGAAAUUGUGGUUUUUGAGAAAUGCAUUUCAGGAUUUUUCUCCUUAUAAUGGACUUCAUGAUUUUGAACUUCCAAAAUGUAGUUUAAAUGCAGCUUCAAAGGCUCUAAACGAUCCCAGCUGAGGAAGAAGGAUAUUAUUUAGCGAAACAAUCUGUAAUUUUUCGGAAAAUAAAAAUUUGUAUACUUUUUAAGCACAAAAGCUGGUGUAGCACAGGCUUUGGGAUGCGCGUCCAUGAUGCUACGAAUUAGUGGUGGGUCGUUCUUGAACGAUUUGUUCAUUUUUAAUGAAUCUUUAAUGUGACUCGGGAAGAACGAGUCGUCUCGGGGAGUGAUUCGUUCAGUCGCGCAUGCGCAACAUCCUAUUAGGUUCUGUACUGGAAUUACUUCAUCUGUUUCGAGUCUUCAGGUUUUUUGUGUUGUUCGUUCAUCUUAUUGGGCUGUCACGUGAUGAACGAACGACUCAAACCCGAAAACUUGUCAGAUAAGAGGUGAGGUGAGCUAAUCAUAGACUAAAGACCCAGGUAAACAAUGAAUGAAUCUUUUCUGUUUCUUAAAGUAUUAUAGUUUUGUCUUGUUUGUCGUGUGAUCAACGUUUGUGUAUGCAUCCUAUUAGGUUCUGUACUGAAAUUAGUUCACCUGUUUUGAGUCUUUGGGUUUUUCGAGUCGUUCAUUCAUCUUAUGGUCACAUGAUGCUGAUUUUGCUAAAAUGAACGAAAUGACUCAAAAACGAUUUGUUCAUUUUGCUGAACGAGACUCAAAGAUCCGAGUCGGUGAAAUGAUUCGAACUUCCCA